UUUAUCUUCCACACCAAGGAAGCCAACUGCGUGACUGCCGUGAGAAGGACCCUGGCUGUAACCUUUGCUCACGGUCCGCACAGCCAGCUGUCGCUCUACGACAUUGUCUCCAUCUAUUCGCCCUCCACCAAAGUCGAGCACAAACUCAAAGUCGUCUUCAUCAACAAGUCGUUUGAUCUGAUUGUACUCGAGAGCCCCCAGCCACUCUGCCCAGCCGAUCCGAUCCUGCGGCUGCCCGCCGCCGGCGAGGCCUACAUCCAGCUGAGCAUCACCCAGCCGUACUCGACGCCGGCCAUCUCGGCCACUCGCGGUCUCAUUCUGUCAAGCCAUCUCGUCGGCAGCGGCCAAAUCCUCGGUUCAGCCCAGCCCGCAGUCGGCGACCUUGCCGGCGGCUGCUUCCAUGAGGCCUCGGGUGCCCUCAUUGGCCUCUACAUGGGC